CACACGACCGCUUCCCCCCCUUCUUCCACUCCCCUCCACCACUGAACCAUUCUAACCACCAUCUCGCCAUUGCACCCGUCGAAUUGGACCUCUAAUGCUGAAGUGCUGUGCGUACCGCAGAAGCGAGCGCCAAGAAGCAUGGUACGAAAGCAUGGCAGUGAGUGGGUCCAUACAAGCUGCUCACUGUGUCUGUCUGUGGACAAACAAUGGUGGUGGCACGGUGGUGCAUGCAGGCAAGCCAUCAACUCAUUGAUGGGAGGGGCUACCUCUCCCAUGCUGCUCGACCGCACUGCAGCGGCCGACCCCCAGCUCAUUCGUGUGAGAGAGAACUCAGACGAGAAAGGCAAACAGGCAAGUCAAUAACUAUUCCAUCCCUCUCCUCUUGUCGUUGUAUGCCUCAGAAUCUGUUUGAGCCACUUCCACCAGGCACCGCGACAAUUGCAGCCCCUGCAGCAACCGCAACGCCCAGCGCUCCUCCCACAGCCUCCCCGGUGUCCCAGGUGCAGCCAGCGUAG